AUGGACCGCCACGCCCCUGCAGUAUACCCGACGCGCUCCUCGUCGUUUUCCUCGGUCACCGACGGCAAGGAGCUCCCCGGCGAUGGCUUCGACUCGGAGAAGGCACCCGUCCCCCUCGACUCGAACUCCGCCCAUGAGGCCCACAAGGCCUCGAUAUGGAAACGGCUCCUGGUCGGAAACGCUAGCGCAUCAAAUGAGACGAAGCGUGCCAUGAAGAGCCGCCAUUUGACUAUGAUCGCCAUUGGCGGAACGAUAGGAACGGGCAUCUUUCUCAGCGCUGGAUCGGCGAUAGCGACCGCAGGCCCAGCAAGUGCCCUUUUUUCCUACUUCGUAGUCGGUGUAUUCUGCUAUGCCGUAGUCAUCUCAUUAGGUGAGAUGGCCUCCUACAUACCCGUCUCAGGAACCUUCGCCGUCUUCGGAACCCGCUUUGUCUCCCCCGCACUUGGCUUCACAUUAGGGUGGAACUACUGGCUUCAAUGCGAGUUGACGGCAGCAGCAGUUAUCCUCCAGUAUUGGGACUCGCGGAUAACAGCGUGGCAAUGGGCUCUCGUUAUCGUCCUCCCGAUAUUCGUCAUGCAGCUCAUCCACGUGCGCGUAUACGGCGAGUCUGAAUACUGGUUUGCCAUGAUCAAGGUCCUCAUGAUCAUCGUCUUUAUCUUCGUCGGCCUUAUCUUCGACUGGGGAGGCGUCCAUGGUCAUCCCGGACCGGGGCUUUCCAACUUCCAAGGCGGUCAGGCAUUCGUUGGUGGUUUCAGCGCGUUCGCACAGACGUUUGUGUUCGCGUUCUACUCGUACGGCGGAGUGGAGCUCGUCUCGCUUGCUGCUGGAGAGAGCGCGAGCCCGCACAAAUCCGUCCCGCGUGCGAUUCGCGCGACGUUCUUCCGGAUUGUCAUCUUCUACAUCCUCACCAUCCUGACGAUCGGCUUGAACAUCAACUACCAGGAUCCGACCCUCCUCACAGCCGCUUUUGACUCAAGUGUCGCCGCGUCUCCCCUUACCGUCGUCUUCCAACGCGCAGGCUUUGGUGCUGCUGCCCAUGUGAUCAACGCGGUCCUUCUCACCGCGGUCCUCUCCGCGACGAACUCGUGCUUCUACGCGAGCUCGCGCAUGCUGCUCUCCAUGGCACGCGCAGGUCAUGCGCCCCGCGUCUUCGGCUGGGUAAACGGCCGCGGUGUCCCCGUCCCCGCUCUUCUGCUCUCGCUCGCCGUGUCCUUCGUCACGUUCCUGUCAACCAUCUGGGGCGAGGGCGUCGUCUUCACCUGGCUGCUCAACCUCACCGGCAUGUCCUCCCUGCUCGUCUGGGGCACCAUCGGGGUCAUCUCCAUCCGCUUCCGCCGCGCAUGGACCGCCCAGGGCCGUGCGCUCGCAGACCUACCCUACCAGCAGCCGCUGUACCCCAUCCUCCCGAUCGCGACCGUCAUCCUCGCGGUGCUCAUGUUCGCCGCGCAAGGGUACUCGGCCGUCGUCGCGGAGCCGUUCAGCCCGCAGAACGUCGUCGCGACGUACAUCGGGCUCGCGAUCUACAUCGUCUGCUACGUCGGCUACUGGGUGUAUGACCGCUUCUGGCUGGGCAACAGGGUGCACCUCGUGCCGCUGAUGGAGGUGGAUUUGGAUACGGACGCGGUGUGGGGGCAGGGCGGGGGCGCGCGGAUGCGCGAGAAGGAGGCGGCGGAGCGCGCGCAGCGCGAUGAGGACGACGUCGCGGAGGGGAAGCGCACGAAGGUGCUGCUGAGGCGCAUUGGGCGGCAUAUGCUCUGA